UCUCCCUCUCUCUCUCUCUCCUGAUUCUCUAUGCGUGUGCACGAUUAGAGUGAACGGCUGAACGGAGAAAACUCCCCUAAAUCUUUAUCUACCUCCUAUCUCUACUGUUAUCUGUUGAGGUCUCGUUCUACACUGUCCAACCCUAGACCGACGGUUUACCCGAUUUCAAAGUCCUUCUGUGUUUGUGUGUCCAUUAUUGAAUGCCUGUUUUAGUUUUUCUCCAUUGUAAGGUAGAUUUUCUGUACUGUGGUUAUUUUAAGUGAUUGUGUACUCGCAGAUUGCCCAAAGUUGAAUCAAAUCUUCUGCGAACAAGGUAUCCUGUUCACUAGGCAGUGAGACAAUGGAACGCGAGAUUUUACUUGUGCCUAAAGAUGAAAUUUGCACAGAAUGCAUCCUGAAAUGCCAGUACUGCGAGAUUCCUGUGCCUGCUAUGGAUAUACUUGAGCAUCUGGAAGCAUGUGGGAACCGGUCAGAAUAAUGUUUUCUGUGCUCUGAAUAUUUCAAAGUGCGUGAAGCACAUGGCCAUGACGAGGGUGAUUUUCUAGAUUAUGAAGCUGAAACCAGGUGUGCUGUCCAGUAUGAGACAAUGAAAGGUCAAACCUUAGCUGGGCGUAAAUGCAAAGGGUGUACCCAAAGGAUUGUGACAUGCCAGUACUGCGAGUUCCCUGUGCCUGCUAUUGAUCUAUCUGAGCAUCAGGAAGUAUGUCGGAACCGGAUGGAAUAUUGUCCUCUGUGCAGUAGAAAUGUUGGAGUGCGUGAAAGUCACGGCCAUGAAAGCAUCUAUGAUGAUGGUGUCCUAGAUGAUAUAGCCGAAACGAGAGCAAAGAGAAGGCCAUGUCUGUUUUUGUGGGGACGCUUUCUCAUCACCAUUGUGAUUACCUGCAAUGGCAUUCUGUUGGGCUCACUUCUUCUGCAUGAUGAAGAACAAUCAACCGCGGUCGUUGCUGUGUGAAGGCAUAUGCUCUACUUCAUAUCUCAU